AGCAAAGCGAAGCGCGCGCACAGAGAUCUAGCUGAGCUACUAGCUAUAGCAGCAGCUGCUGCAGGUCUCCUGACAUGGCGAAGCAGGACAUCGAAGCAUCGGGGCCCGAGGCCGGCGAGUUCUCGGCCAAGGACUACACGGACCCUCCGCCGGCGCCGCUCAUCGACGCGGAUGAGCUCACCAAGUGGUCCCUCUACCGCGCGGUCAUCGCCGAGUUCAUCGCCACGCUGCUCUUCCUCUACAUCACCGUGGCCACCGUCAUCGGGUACAAGCACCAGACGGACGCGGCGGCGUCGGGCCCCGACGCGGCGUGCGGCGGCGUGGGCAUCCUCGGCAUCGCGUGGGCCUUCGGCGGCAUGAUCUUCAUCCUCGUCUACUGCACCGCCGGCAUCUCAGGUGGGCACAUCAACCCGGCCGUGACCUUCGGCCUGUUCCUGGCGAGGAAGGUGUCCCUCGUCCGCGCCCUGCUCUACAUCAUCGCGCAGUGCCUGGGCGCCAUCUGCGGCGUCGGCCUCGUCAAGGGCUUCCAGAGCGCCUACUACGUGCGCUACGGCGGCGGCGCCAACGAGCUCAGCGACGGCUACUCCAAGGGCACCGGCCUCGCCGCCGAGAUCAUCGGCACCUUCGUGCUCGUCUACACCGUCUUCUCCGCCACCGACCCCAAGCGCAGUGCCCGUGACUCCCACGUCCCGGUGUUGGCCCCUCUUCCGAUUGGGUUCGCCGUGUUCAUGGUGCACCUGGCCACCAUCCCCAUCACCGGCACCGGCAUCAACCCGGCGAGGAGCUUGGGAGCCGCGGUCAUCUACAACAAGGACAAGGCCUGGGACGACCAAUGGAUCUUCUGGGUGGGCCCACUGAUCGGCGCCGCCAUCGCCGCCGCCUACCACCAGUACGUGCUGAGAGCCAGCGCCACCAAGCUCGGGUCCUACCGGAGCAACGCCUAAUAAGUCCGGCGGCGGGAGCUGUGGGCGCCACCGAUCGAUCCAAGUGUAGAUACGUACGCUCCCCCGACUCCGUCCAGUAUAUGACGCCCUGUGGUCGUCCACAUCUGCCACCACAGUCCCGUCCGCUUGGUGCUGUUUUCUUUCUUUCCUUGACGGGGAAAAAAAGUGUGAUAUAUCUUUGCUUUCUGUAUAUGUGACAAAAUGCAUUCUGU